CCUACAAUUUUUGUCAAGAUAUUUCUGUGAAAGUGCAUAUCAUCCUGUAAAUUAAGAUACAAUUAUAAAAUAUGUAAAUUAUAAGAUCAUUUCUAUUUUUCACUUUUAACAUUUUAUAGUGCAGAAUUCCACAAAAUACCGCUCCAUUGCGUUACAAACAACCUAUCCCCUUACAGAUUCAUCUGAUACAAAAAUGUCAAAUUAGGCUAAAUGGAUUUAGUAAAUGAAUGUCAACUGCGGUGUCCACAAUCUGAGUUACAAUGAAAUGAAGUUAUUUUCCUUUACAUAGCCUGCUUUGUUUUCUUUUCUAGCAACCCAAAGCAACUCCCAGAAAGAGCUCUGUCAUGUUUGCUUGUUCUCUCUGUGCGAGCAACUUUCAGCGUUAAGGGUGGACGUGAUAUUUCAAACAUCAGAUCAGUGCGUUUAUGUAUUGGGUGCCCGGAAAUUUUUCCAAAUAAACACAGCUUGAUUCAACUUGGGUGGGCAGACUUAUCAACAGACUAAUUCUAUAAACAAAUGAAGGAAUAACCGAGCACACCAUUGGCUGGUAGGCUGGGGACACGCGGGGAGAGAGAGAGACUCGAGGCUUUCGGCAAUGAAAAUUUAAUUAAUGUGGGUGGGCUGAGGGAACACAACGAGUGUUUAUCAUAGACAAUUUAUUUUCCAGCGCUAAGUCAACAUAAAACAGCAAAACGGACAACAAUUAUUUAACAUUUUAGACUCAUGAAGCGGACACACCGGUGGCGAUCUCCCCAGACUGAGACUGUCCUCCGAAGUCAUGAGUUUAUACCACAGCCCUGUGCCACAGUCCGGCGUGGCUGCGUCGGCUCUCACUCUCUCGAAUUCCUCCCUAAUCUAUGUUUAUGGUGGCGAAGUUGGAGGCAUCAUUCCCGCUUUGGGAUUCGCGUCCAGCCGGCAGGAACCUCCGCAGAAACCUCCCUACAGCUACAUCGCGCUCAUCGCAAUGGCAAUUAAGAACUCACCGGACAAGCGCGCAACGUUGAGCGGCAUCUAUCAGUUCAUCAUGGACCGCUUCCCCUAUUACCAUGACAACAAGCAAGGCUGGCAGAACUCGAUCCGCCACAACCUUUCGCUGAACGACUGCUUCAUCAAAGUGCCCAGAGAAAAAGGGCGACCGGGGAAGGGCAGCUACUGGAUGCUGGACACCAAAUGCCUGGACAUGUUUGAGAACGGAAACUACCGGCGACGCAAGAGAAAGUGCAGGACUCAGGAGCCGGGAGAGACUAAAAUGGGACAUAAAAGAGCCAGAGCGACGACCCUGAGCUCGAAACUUCAUCAAAGUGCCCUUUUAGAGAAAGAGUCGCCGCUUAAGGACUCCGAUAUGAGCAAACGGCAACACGAAAAACAUCCCGAAAGAGAUCUAAACGUCCAACCACAAAAUAACGAGCACGCCUCAAACCCCACGAAAGACUGGUGUUUGGCACCCUCGACCACAGCGGGCGCUAACCCAAGAUGCCCGACGCCUGAACAGACCGGCACAGUGUCUCUAAACAAUCUCAAUGGCACAAACACUGCGCCCUUAAACGCGCAACAAACGCCGGUAGCCGUGAUGAAUGACACAGGAAGCGCUCAAACUGGAGACGCCAAAUCCAAAGAGACGAAUGCUCAGACGCACCCACGAAAACCAACAGACAAAUCAAAGGAGUUUAGCAUAGACAGUAUUCUGUCAAAAAAGGAGAACCAGUUCCAGCGAAGGUGCGGCGUUGCCGGAGGAGCGCCGGUCGCGUGCUUGGAGUCGCGCGGUUACGCGCUCUCGUCCUCUCUGCUGUACCCUCACGGAUUCCCGCUCUGCUCCUACCUGUCUCUCACCUGUCCUGACAAAAUGCUGAACUUCAGAGAGAAAACAGAUGAGAAAAUAUUCUUUUGACGACUCUUUUUUUUUUUUUGAAUGACUUGUCGAAUCCCAGACUGUAGCAAAUAAAUUUAUGUCUAGAAAAUUUCAGUGAAUUCAGUAACAGUAACAUUCUUAUUUUCUGUGUUUUGUAAUUAUUAAUUGCAAACAAAAACAAUUUUAAACACAUCUAUCAAGCAUUCAGGCUAAAACUUUUAUUAUUAUUUCUAUUACUAUUAUUGUUGUCGUUAUGGAAUUCAACAUGGGUGGCCACUCUAAAGAACAGUAUACUGUACAGUACACUAACAGUAGUUAAUUCUAAUGAUGUGUGUACUAUGAUCAAGAACGCACUCUUGAGCACAGAUGUCUUUGUAAAAUGAUAAUGUUUAUAUGAGCAAGGGUUUUAUGUUCCUCUCAGAGCUUAUGACAGAUACUUGACAAACUGCAGUGUGCUUGUUCUUGUCCUUUCCUCUACAACUAUAUAUAUAUAUAUAUAUACACACAAAAACUCAAACUUGAUUGACUGCUUAAAGAUACAUUUGUGGAAAAAACUAAAAAUCAAUUGGGUUGUACCUUGUGCUUUCAAUGUAAGGUUCAUAUUGAGUAAGGGAACUCAAUUCUUUAAAUAAACAGAGUAAAACCUUGAAAUAAACAUCUUCAGUUUCCUACACAAAAGAACCUGAUAUACUAUAGCCUAUAUAAAAAAUAUCGACUCAAACUGAAACUGAAACAACCCCAAAGAAACCAUUUUUAUGACGGUGAAAUACCAGUAAUAGGAACUUACAUUUGUGUUUUCAUUAAUAUGUUUUACUUAACGAACAACUGCUUUGUGUGUGUGUGUGUGUGUGUGUGUAUUCAUGAAUGUAUGAAUGAAUGAAAGACCAUAUGUCAUUCAUAUACAGCAAACUUGUUGCUAGGACUAUGCAUAAUCCUGAACUGUGAAACUAGUCUACCACAUGUAUUCCUUGCCACCAUAUAUAGCCAUAAGUGUUUUUUGAACUCAAAGGUCUAAGCCUCACUGAGUGCAAAUCAGGAAUGCUUGUGGAAAUAAAUAAGCUUCCCCACAUUCAAGCAGAGGAACUCACAUCCACAAGCAUUUCCUGUGUAUAGGAUUCUUUUGGUCAGAAGUGUAAAUAGAGCGUCAUCCAUCUGAAGGUUUGUAGAGAGAAAGAGACUACAUCUCUCAAUCUGCUGCCUCCAUCUGUCCUCCUCUUCACAGAUGGGCUCCUUAGAUGGAGCAGUCUGCAGGACUCUGCUGGAUCGCAGCCCUGAAUUUGCCAUCCAUGAUCAUUAUGAAACAUUGCUAUC